AUGAAUAUCAAUGUCUUAGAAUUAAGUAUUAUUCAAGUUUACACUCCAACGGAGGAGUCGAGCGACGAGGAAUUGAAAUUUUUCUACAGUACAGUCGACAAAGCUUUACAACUCUCAGAAAAUAAUGUUAUAGUCAUGGGAGAUUUUAACGCCACUACACUAAUCCCAAUAAAACUGCCACAGAGAUUUGCCGACGACAUAGUCCUACUAUCAGAAAGUACAAAUGAACUGCAAGUAAUGAUAAACACUCUACACGAAAAAAGUCGUAGAGUAGGCUUAAUAAUCAACCUAACAAAAACUAAAAUCAUGACGAACCACACUAAAAGACCUAUAUAUCUCGAAAAUUCACUUUUAACAUAUGUCGAUGCCGAUAUUUAUCUGGGAAAGCAAGUUUCAUUCAACCAAAAAAAUCACGAACUGGAAGUGGAGAGAAGAAUCAACAUCACAUCAAAAGUUCUGGAGUCUCAAAGAAAUACUCAAAAGCAAUAUGACGAUACGGAUGAAAACUAA